AUGAAGACUAGUCUUGUUUUUCUUUCCAUCCUCUCACUGGCGGCAGCCACACUGCCUAACCUAGUGGAUCUCGCUAACGCCAAUAAUGCUACCACACUUACACAGUUCCUCGCUACAGCAGGACUUGAUGACGUCAUCAGGGAUCAAGGCCCUUUCACCAUUAUUGCUCCUGUUGACUCUGCAUUUGCCAAGAUUCCAAGUGAGGUUGCCGCCAACCUUACCGCUAACCCAAAUGAGUUAGCUAACGUUCUCCAGUACCAUGUUGUCAAGGGAGAGAUUUUCACCUUUGACCUUCGAUCCGGACAAGUCCUGACAAGUUUGAACGGACAUUCCAUUAGAGUAUACAUGUCUGGAAAUCAAAUCUUCUUCAACCAAGCCAGGGUCGUGUCCAUGGAUGUACUUCAGGGCUCUAACGGAGUUAUCUACCUUGUUGAUGAAGUCCUAAGUGUCCCCGAGGGAACCAUUGACCAGAUACUCAUGAAUCCUGAUUAUGAAAUUAGUGAGUUCCUCGAACUCGUCAAGGUGGCGCGUCUAGAGGGCGCCCUGAACAGGACUGCAGGAACAAGAUACACAGUAUUCGCACCGACUAACGCCGCCAUCAAUUCUCUGGAUCCCUCCAUUCUCCAGAAAAUCAAGUCCAGCUAUUCCCUGACUCAUCGUUUGGUCGAUUACCAUAUCCACCGCGGUACCCUCCACGAGAAAUCUCUCGAUCACAGCGGUCACAUAAGCACCAUGUACACUGGUCACUCCAUUACAUUAACCGUCGGUUCAGAUGGCGUCGCAAAGCUUAACAACGUGGCAACGUUACAAGAAACUGACAUCGAGGCUGAAGAUGGCGUCGUUCAUGUAAUCAGCCACGUGCUCAUUCCUAGUACACUUUUCUCUUCUAUUGUUGGAUGA